UUCAUUUAUUCAUUUUCGUCUCUUGCCUCCCUCUUUUCCUUUCUUCAUCUCUCUUUGCCCUCCAUUCCUCCCCCAUAGUAUCUUCGUCCAUUUGGCAGCAUGAAGUUCGGCAAGGCCCUCUCCAGGAAUCAGAUCCCUGAGUGGAGCCGCCACUACCUCUCCUACAAGGGACUCAAGAAAGAGAUCAAGAAUGGCCAGGAGGCUCUUGUCAGUGGGGAAUCUUCCAUGGACGACGUUGUCACCGCGUUCAUCUUCUACUUGGACAGAGAGGUCGAAAAGGUCAACAACUUUUUUGUGUAUAAGCGUUCAGAGCUCGAGCGAAGACUCCGCAUCCUCUCUGAAAAGUCAAGGCGUCUUAAUCCCACCAUCAGCGCCGCCACAGCUGCUGGGACGCCGGCCGUACCAACUUCAGCUUCAGCACAUGCAGCAAUUUGCGACCCAAAGACACCUUCAAGACCAGGGUCCAAAGAGCGCCUGGACCUGUCAAUUGUGACCACGCCCAAGGGGUCUGUUUCAGGAGUAAGCGGAAACGCUUCUCUGGUCCCGCCCUCGCCCUUCAUCAGUGACCCCGAGGCCGAUGCAGAGUGUCUUCAAGCUAUGGUGGAUACCAAGGAGAUGCUGUCGAAACUCUCGUGGUUCGCCGAAAUGAACAGAAGGGCAGUCGAAAAGAUUCUUAAAAAGUUCGACAAGCGCAUGGUCACGGUCAGCCGCGAAGGCUAUCUGGCUACAAAGAUCAGCCUGCUUCCAUUUGUAUUUGACGGUCAGCUUCUGGAGAUGACUGUGACGAUCGACGUCCUCAUCCGGGAGAUGAGGGCCGUGGUUGCAGAUCAUCCUCCGUUCAGGUCCGGACUGUCUCCAAAGCGCGCCAGCAUCGAGUCCCGCAUGGGAUUGACAGAACAACAGAUCGGAGACGCGAUGAAGGCCGUAGAGCGCGACGAUGUGGACACUCUCAAGGCCAUUAUCGAUACGAGGUUGAAGGAGGCACCAGAAUUGAAGGAUGUAAUUUUAUCCUCUGCGCAGUCUGGACGUCUUGGACAACUUCCAAGAUCGCUCUUCAGGAAAGCAUGUGAAGAAAAGGCGUUCCGGUGCAUUACUUGGAUCAUGUCUUUCGGAGCUGGAACCCUUAUGGUCAAUGUCAACGAGCAAACUGUACUUCACAGACUGGCGAUCGAGGGCGGUAGCUUUACAAAAACGACCGAGACAAGCGACAACAUAUCUGAAGUUCAGGCCAAUGGUUCAAAGCACCAUCAUCAAGCGCCCGUGCUCCGGGACGAUCCCGAGUUGAUUGUAUUUAUCCUAAAGCAACUCUCGACCUGUGCACAACAGGAUCCCCUGUGCACAUUGAAAUCAACUGGGGAUAUCUAUGGACGUCGCCCCUUGCACUACGCGGCCAUGCAUGGCUUCCCCAACAUCACCAGGGCACUCAUUAACGAUUUAAAGUCCUCUGGGGAAUUCAUCAGCUUUUCAGAUCCCUACUGGUUUGAUACCGACGGAUUCACUCCCCUUAUUUACGCGGUGUCGCGCGGCAAGGCUAGCGUCUUGGAGAUUCUGGUUGAGGAAGGUGGGAUUCAGGAUGUCGAUGCAGUUACAAAUGCCUACGUCACCCAUCCUUCUCUCCCCAAGGUCCUGCCCUCGAUGCCCAAGACCGUCCUCAACCCCUUGAUCGGCUCAGAGGUCAACCUGCAUGCGGUAUAUACCUACACCCCUCUAUCGAUUGCAUGUCGCUUGGGACACGUUGACGCAGCCAGGCUCCUUGUACAGUUUGGCGCCAACUUGAAUGCCCAAGACGAGGACGGCGAAUCCUGCCUGAUCAUCGCCUCCAAGAACGGGCACACUGAGUGCGUGAGGCUGCUGAUCUCUGGUGCUGGAACCGGAGCAGGAGCUGGAGCCAACCUAGAAUUACGGGAACGGUACUACGGAUGGACCGCAUUGCAUCUUGCAGCUAUCGAAAACCAUCCUGAGGUUGUCAAGGUUCUGCUUGAUGCUGGAGCCAACCCCAAUGUCUACGACUAUUCCUCGUGGAAUCCUCACGAACAUGCCGUAUUUGCCGCCAAUAACGCCUGCGCAGCUCUGCUUCGCCCAGUUUCUCGCACCCUCGAUGAGAGACAGCAACUGUCGAAGCUGAAUGGAGGCGUCGAAUUGGGACAGGCAACACCGACUAAGGGCAGCCCAUCGUUUACUCAGCCCAUGCUCCAAGGCGCCUCUGGUUCUCAAUCACCAAAGUUCCAGCGAUCCGAUUCGCCUCCAAUGUCGAGUAGCAAAAGCAAUGCUAAGUUAUCCAAGACUGCGCAAAGGGCAUAUGGACACAAAUAUCUGGAAGAAGAGUCUCUGAUUGUAGUCACCCUGGGAUCAAACGAUUCUCGCAGUACUGUGGAGCCCAUCGAACUCUACCUGAAUGGGGAUAGCCAUUCUUUCUUGACAGCCAGUACGGCUUUUUCGCUCGAGAUCACAGCGGAAAAUGCGACGGCAGGAGAGAAAGUCAUAGUGGAUUUGCCUCUCAAGGAUUCGAGCUAUCAUGAGCAAAUUGUGUUCUAUGCACCCAAUCCAGAGGAAACCAUUCUUAACUUUUCGGUGUACCCCACAUUUGGCUCGUCAAGCAACAACCUGGUUGGACGUGGAACAGCGCUUCUGUCCAGUUUGGACAACUUGCGUAAGGAUGUCUUCAACCAGCAUCCGGCUAUGACGUCUCUGCAGGGGAUGAACAUGACGGUUCCUAUCUUUGGUGUCGAAAAGAUGAAUAUAAUCGGACGCGUCAGGGUCGAAUUCGCGGUCGUCCGUCCCUUCAAACACGAGAAUCUUAAAGUCGGGAGCAAGCACACGUACUGGAAGAGCCUGACGACAACGGUUAUUGGCCACCGUGGUCUUGGUAUGAACAGGAAGGUAUCGAACCUCCAGGUUGGGGAAAAUACUCUCCUGUCAUUUGUCACAGCCGCCAAUCUUGGAGCUGAAUAUGUCGAGUUCGACGUUCAAAUGACAAAGGACAUGGUCCCCGUUCUGUACCAUGACUGGACGGUGACGGAAACCGGAUUGGAUAUCCCUGUCAGCUCCAUCACACUGGAGCAGUUCCAGAACCUCUCGACUAAGAAGAGGCGCGGUCACCACGACAGCGGAUCGCAGCCAUCAUCGCCAAAACCGGACCAGCCGCGAAAUUUGUCAUUAGCCCCGCCACCUUCUUCAGCGUCGAAAUCGGUCCUUAGCAAGCCCGAGCUGAUAAGGAGGUCCACCCACGACUCAGAAAAUGAUUCCGUUAGAGAGAACAGCCCGCUGACAACACGGGUGGUGCGGUCAAACAGUUUAGGAGCCAUGUCGAAAAUGAAAGCCAUAUCGGCAGGGACAGAACCUGCCAAUCCUGCGGCCAAGAUGAAGGGCAAUGGUCUUGGGACUAUUCAGGCACCGUUCGCGACAUUGAAGGAUACGUUUGUGACGGUCCCAACCAGCAUUGGAUUCAACAUUGAGGUCAAGUACCCUAUGCUGGACGAAGCCGAGGACGCCAAUAUUCCACUGUACUCGUUUGAAAUGAACCGAUUCGUGGAUCGAAUCCUGCAGGAGGUCUAUGACCACGACCAAACCCACCCGGACCGCAAUAUCAUCUUCUCGUCCUUCCAUCCAGACAUUUGUCUGUUGCUCAAUAUGAAGCAGCCCAACUAUCCUGUCUUCUUUUUGACGGACGGUGGCACCUCUGUCGUGGCCGAUCGUCGCUGCAACUCUAUCCAGGGAGCUGUCCGCUUCGCCACCUCGAUCGAUCUGCUCGGUAUUGUCACACACAGCUUGCCGAUCAUCGAGGCACCCAACCUAGUCAGAGGCAUCAAGGAGACAGGAUUGCUGGUCUUUACCUAUGGCGCUGAUAAUAACGACGUCGAGAACGCAAAGUUACAAAGGAGGCAUGGUGUUGAUGCUGUUAUUGUUGAUUGUUUACUGGCUGUCAGGAAGGGACUACAACAAUCAGAGUAGAGGAUCGGUUGGACAUUGAAAUCAGAGAGAGAGAAAGAGAGAGAGAAUUAGACAGGGUAAUAACUAUAUUUUAGAGCAUCUUUAACUACGAUAGAC